AUGUCUUAUGGGGAUGAUUCAAACAGAAAGAGGAGAAUAGCCGUCAUUGGCAUCUCUUCUUUCCUCUUGGUAGCUAUGGUUGUAGCUGUCUCCGUUGGCGUCGGUCUUGGCAAUAACGGCAAUGAGGACCUCAAUGACAGCAGUCAUAAAAGCACUAAUCAAGUAUCUGCCUCCAUGAAAGCCGUCAAGGCCAUUUGCCAGCCCACAGAUUACAGGAAAACAUGUGAAGAAAACCUCCAAAAAGCUGCUGGAAACACCACAGAUCCUAGAGAAUUGAUCAAGAUGGCAUUCAAGAUUGCAGAGAAGCACCUUAAUGAGGCUUCCAAGAAAUCAAAGGUUUUGGAGGAACUCUCAAAGGACCCAAGAACCCGAGGGGCCCUUCAGAGCUGCAAAGAGCUUAUGACCAUGUCCGUUGAUGAGCUCAAGCAAUCUCUUAACAAAGUAACAGAUUUUGAUAUUACCGAGAUAGAAAAAUUGAUGGCAGAUGUUAAGACUUGGCUUAGUGCUUCCAUCACAUAUCAAGAGACUUGCUUGGACGGAUUCCAAAACACAACCACUAAUGCUGGAAAGGAAAUGAAGAAGGGAUUGAAGCUUUCCAUGGAGCUUAGCGCCAAUCUCCUUGCCAUCGUUUCCGGGAUCUCUUCCGCAAUCCCUUCAUUGGAAAGUUUGGGCCAGCGCCGCCUUCUCCAAGAUGAUUUACCUGUUCUUGGACAUGGUGAUCAAAUAUUCCCCACCUGGACUGACUUUGGAAAGCGCAGACUUCUGGCAGCGCCUGCUUCGAAGAUUAAGGCUGACAUUGUUGUGGCUAAGGAUGGAAGUGGAGAUUUCUCAACUAUCAGAGAAGCAUUGCAUCAUGUUCCCAUUAAGAGCAGCAAGACCUUUGUGUUAUACAUCAAGGCAGGAAUUUAUCAGGAGUACAUUGAUUUCAAUAAGAGCAUGACUAAUUUGAUGGUGAUUGGAGAUGGCAGGGAGACUACUCGCAUAGUCGGAAACAAGAACUUCGUCGAUGGAAUCAACACCUAUCACACUGCAACAGUCGUUGUCCUCGGAGAUAACUUUGUGGCCAAGAAUAUUGGUUUCGAGAAAAAUGCUGGUGCCAUCAAACAUCAAGCUGUGGCAUUGAGAGUUUCGGCUGAUUAUGCUCUCUUCUACAACUGCUCAAUGGACGGACACCAGGACACAUUGUACACAGACGCCAAGCGUCAAUUCUCCCGCGACUGCAGCGUCUCCGGCACCAUCGACUUCGUCUUUGGUCACGCUUCUGCAGUCUUCCAAAACUGCAAAUUCUUGAUCCGCAAGCCAUUGGAAAACCAACAGUGCAUUGUGACAGCUCAAGGCAGGAAAAUGAGGAGGCAACCAUCAGCUAUUGUCAUCCAAAACAGCACAAUCACAGCCCAUCCUGACCUAUUCCCUGAAAGGAAACUAUUCAAGUCAUAUCUCGGGCGUCCAUGGAAGGAAUUCUCAAGAACAAUCAUCAUGGAAUCCUUCAUUGAUGAUGUCAUCCAGCCCGAAGGAUGGCUACCUUGGCUCGGAACUUUCGGACUCAAGACUUGUUGGUACACAGAAUUCAACAACAAUGGUCCUGGUUCUAGCAAGGCAGCUCGUGUGAAGUGGAAUGGUAUCAAGACCAUCGAUCGUCAACACGCCUUGGAUUUCACACCAGGAAGGUUCUUCAAGGGCGGUGCCUGGAUCAAGACUACCGGAAUCCCCUACACGCCUUUCUUGGUCAGAAAAUGA